AUGGUGCUUGCUGUACUGCUGUUCGCCGUGGGCGCGGCUGCUCUGCAGGCACUGCCGCCGCUACCAGUCAGACCGCCGGGCCACCAGGAGGGAGGCUUCGACUUCAGACAGGUGCCAAGAACAGUCUACGUCUCUAACGACAUCGCCUCCGUGCGAGACACAGACGGCCUGACCCUUAUACCUCCGUCAGGUGCAGAAUUUGCGGUGACUUUCGCAGAAGACCUCAGCGGUGCCACAGAAGAAGAAUGGACUGUCGAGGUGGUUGAAGAUCUGCCUGACAUCUCUGGUAUCUUCCUGACCCGCUACUCGGGCAACGACACAGAGCUUGCAUACGAGAAUGGAACGCCUACAAGCGAGGGUUAUCAGCUGGAAGUUGGCGACGGGAAGGUCACCAUCAGCGGCGUGGGCUCUCGUGGCUUGUGGUGGGGGACUCGUACCGUCCUGCAACAUCUAUAUCAGUCCAAUUUUACGUCGAUUCCCUCGAUAUCUGUGGCUGAUGCUCCUGCAUACGUCACAAGAGGCUACAUGCUCGACGCUGGCCGCAAAUGGUACUCGCCCUCGGUCUUGAAGGACCUAUGCACGUACGCAAGCUUCUUCAAGAUGUCCGAAUUCCACUACCAUGUCUCCGACAACUAUCCACUCAACCGUGGCCAUAACGAGACCUGGCAAGAUAUCUACUCCCAGUUCUCCCUUCAGCCAACAGAUCCAGAGCUGCUUUCCGGCCUGAUCGAACGCGUCAAUGAGACCCUCACGCAAGCCGACUAUGCAGACCUCGAAUCCCACUGCGCCGCACGCGGGAUUGCCGUGAUACCUGAGAUCGAAGCACCAGGCCACUGCCUGACUAUCACAAAGUGGAGACCGGAUCUCGCGCUCGAGAAGAAGGACCUUCUAAACCUUUCCCAUCCAGACGCCAUACCCACAGUGCAACGCAUCUGGUCCGAAUUCCUGCCCUGGUUCAACGUUAAGGAAGUCCACAUCGGCGCCGACGAGUACAACGCCUCUCUCGCAGAUGUCUACAUCACGUUCGUCAAUGAGAUGGCCACCUUUGUCAAUGACACUACGGGUAAACGUGUUCGAGCUUGGGGCACACCCUUCGACGAGCCCACACAGGACAUCCGCAUCGACCCGGAUGUUAUCAUACAGCACUGGCAGUACGGGCAAUCCGACCCAAUCCAGCUCGAAGCCGAUGGUCAUGAAAUCAUCAACUCGCAGGAUUGGUGGGCGUACGUCUCGGUCAAGAACGACCACAUGCCGAUCCUACCAGCGCGCUACCCCCAGUUCUUCAACAACACCCGCGUCCUCAACUUCGCAGACCAAACCGGCUGGCAGUGGGACCCGCACCUCUUCAACCAAGUCAACACAUCGGCCGAGUACCAGCUCUCGCCCUCCAGCCGGGCCAACAAGGGCGCCAUCAUGGCCUCUUGGAACGACAACGGCCCAGACGCCAGCACUCAACUCGAAGCAUAUUACAUAUGGCGCCUCGGCCUCCCGCUCGUCGCCGCCCGCGCCUGGUCUGGCACUCGCGGCCCCGAGCUCGACAGAUCCAGCAUCGACGACAGCAUCCGCUUCCUCGCCUCGCGCGCCCCAGGCCAGAAUCUAGACCGUGCCCUACCCAGUUCACACCCCAGCGGCGACACCUCCGCACCGCUUUUCACCUGGUCAGGCGACGCCACCGACGGGCCCGUGACACUAGGCAAGCCCUCCAAAGGCAUGAACCACACCCUCCACAUCCGCACCACCGGACCCUUCAACCUCUCGUCCCCCACCGACGCCAUCAACCUGUCCCUCGACGCCGCCUCCGGCACCCUGACCUACACCACCGACGGCACGCUCUACCCGCUCCGCAGCGUCUCGGAGCACGACGGCUUCGACCCCGGCCACCCCGGCCGCAUCUGGAGCAACGUCUCCACCUCCAGCCACGAGGUCGUCAUGCUCUCUUCCCCUGUAGCCAGCGAAGAAGCGGCAAUGGACAUCGUCAUCACCACCACCGCCAUCGACGGCUCGCGCGUCUGGGUCAACGGCGCGUGGGCCGGCCGCUUCGAGGUGUUCGUCUUUGGCGGGCGCAACACGCUGUUCAGCUGGAGUCAGAUGGCGUUUGUGGCGCCGUUGGAGCUCGUGGAGGGCGCGGUGGAGGAGCUGGCCGUCUAUGAUGGCGUGAAGACCGUCGAAGAGUUGUCUGGCGCGGGUGGUGGUGCGGGCCAGCCGCAGCCGUACACGCCGGGAGAUGGGACUUGGGGUGGCAGGGUGGUGCCGAUUGUGUUGUCGGUGGUGGUGGCCGUGUUGGGGGCUGGAUGCGCGAUUGUAUCUUGA